AUGGAGAAGCAACAGGAAGAUGUCCAUAUCGCGGCCAGCUCGGCUGAUGUCGCACUGGCCGAAGUGCCCGACCAGCGCACAGAGCUGCCGUUAGCCCCAGAACAGUCUGCGGAAAAGACAACGCCCCCCAGCGCGCUAUUCUCAAAGUUAAGACAUCUCAACGAGCGCCUCGAGGCCCUGUCGGCCUUCGAGGCCCGCGGGAUCGACCGCGUCCCGCCCGAUGAGCGCCAGGCCCCGUCGACCGCCGGCGACGUGCAGAUCGCCCUGCUGUGGUUCGGCGCCAACAUCUCGUGCAACAACCUCAUCGUCGGGCUCUACGGCCCGAUGCUGUUCCAGCUCGGGUUCCUGGACAGCGCCAUGUGUGCUGUCUUUGGGGCGUUCCUGGGCAGCCUGUCCACGGCGUUUAUGGCUAUCUGGGGACCGAAGACAGGUCAUCGAACGAGGUACUGCUGCAUUGACGGCAUACUCGGCGGCCAAAUUCUUUCAGCCGUAAGCGGCGGGACCGUAUCUAUUGCGGUCGGUAUCGUCAUCGUGAACCUGGUCUGCUGGGCCAUCGUGCUUUUCGGGAUGAAGCCCUUCCAGCAAUAUGAGAGGUUUGCCUGGAUCCCUCAGCUCCUUGUAUUAUUCGUGCUCAUCGGUUGUGCCGGACCCCAAUUUGACGCCUCUUCCGUUUCGAUGGGAGACACCGCCACUGUUGCGGCUAACCGACUUUCCUUCUUAUCGAUGUGUCUCUACGUGCCGAAUUCGUGGUCGGCAGCCGCGUCGGACUUCUUCGUGUAUUACCCGGAGACGACUUCGCCGGUCAAGGUUGCGUCACUGACGAUUGUUGGCCUAUGGCUGUCGUUCAGCUUGGUGUACAUGAUCGGAAUUGGACUAGGCAGUGGCAUUACGAUGAAUACUCCUUGGGCCACCGCCUUCGACACAUCUACCGGGGCUUUGAUAGAGGCGGCCUUCGAGCCGCUGCAUGGCUUCGGGAAGUUUUGCGCAGUUAUGGUGGCCCUGGGCCUCAUAAGCAACAGCGUCCCCGGCACGUAUUCGGCUACAAUGUGCGCUCAAGUCCUCGGUCGAGCUUUCAAAGCAAUCCCCCGGUGGGUUUGGGGCUGUGUGUUCAUCAUUAUACAGCUGGUCUUGGGUCUAGCCGGCAGGAACAGCCUCUAUACAAUCUUGUCCAAUUUUCUCGCGUUGAUGGGAUACUGGGUCGAGUUCAUGGUUUUGAUCGUGCUCAUGGAGCGGUACAUCUUCCGGCGUCAUCUUGGACACGACUGGUCCAGGUUGGACAGGGCCUAUAUGCCUGUUGGCAUGGCCUCCUGUACAGCAUUCCUUCUUGGUUGGCUAGGUGCUGUCCUGGGCAUGUACCAGACUUGGUACAUAGGACCUCUAGCCAAGCUAGCAAACCUUUCUGAUGUUGGAGUCUGGGUUGGUAUGGCAUUCACAAUCGUUUCAUUCCCCGUCCUGAGGUACUGGGAGAUCUCAAAGCUUGGUCGAUGA